AUGAAUGAAAAACUAAGUACAAAUCUUGUGACUCGGCCUCCAGGGCCUCUCAAUCACCCGAAUUCACGCUGGAAACAUAAUUCAAAGAACAAUAGUAAACAUCGGAUUUUAUGUAUUGGAACAAAAGAAAUCAGAAGUGAUUUUGAGGGGCUUAUUGCGCGCCAUAGAGACACUCUGCAAAGAAAAAAGAAUAGGAAGGAAAACAUGAGGGAAAAAGAUGAAGGAUUUACUGGGGUCAGAAAUAUGCUCGCAAAAUUCGAGGACGUGAACGAGCAAAGAUCAUUUUCUCCAGCAAACUCCCCUCGACCUGGAAAAAAACCAACAAAACCUCCUCGACCAAAUUUCAUCCCUCCUUCAAAACCAAGAAAUAUCACACCACAAUUACACGAAAACUCCAUCCCUCAACCACUUCCUCGAAGAAUAACUCCACCACAACAACCUCCAGUCAUUCCUCAGCUCCAAAAACUUGCGAUCCACGAAGACUACGGGACGCUCAAAUCAAUCGAGUCGAUUCAAACCGAAUGCGCUCUAGAAUCUUCAGAAAGCUCGUCUCUCGAAGCAACAAGUUCCGAAUUUGCCUCGUUUCAGCCCCACCCUCCGCCAAAAUCAUCACCGGAAAUCUUUGAGGAUGAAAUUUUUCAGCCAGAAACCUAUCAAGAAAUUCCUCAAGAAGCCCAAGACUCUCCCUCGACCCCCAGAAAAGAGAGACGAAUGUCUGAUGAAACGUACGAGAGAAUUAUGAGAAGUUGCAAUAAUGGACCAGAAGUGGUUCUGAUGGAUUUGAGCGAACAGCUGAUGGAGAAAAAUGAUCGAAAACAUAAACGAAGACCGCCAAUCAGACCGAAAAGAAUCGCUCCAACUCCGCCAAAAACCUCCCCCGUCCUUGACAUCAUCGAAUCUCGCGAGCAGACUCCUGACCUGAUUCCUGAACAAACGAGAAAAGAAAUCCUCAAGCAACGACUCAACUCUUUCUACUCAAAAGAAGACUUUCUCAAGCGAAAAGACUACCACUUCGCAAUCGCUGAAUUUCUCGAAACGAUUGAGAGAACAUCAGAAUCGCUCAGAUUGCUCGAUAGUUUCUAUCAUCAAUAUGGAAACAACCCGGAAUUCAGUGCUAUUAUUGAGAGCUUACCGAGGAUUCAUCGUCAGAUUUUACCAGAGCUCUACCGAAUCCACAUCUGUUUUCUUGCAAAAGUCGGCGUCACAGACGGCAAACCCUACAGCCCAACUCCUCGUUCCUCCACCGACUCCACUUCUGAGGAAGAUCAUCUCGAACAUCUUCUCGACCCAAUUAAGAUCCCUCAACUCAUCCGAUCGACUUACCUUGACGAUCCGGAAUUCUUUGACCUCCUCGAAAAAACCAUUCACGAAAAAGCCUUCGAUCCAGUUCAAGAAUCACCUCAUUUCUCCCGACUCUUUCAAGAAUUCGCGAAAUUUCUCGAAAAGAAUGGACCGCAGAAGAGCUUUGGAUUGGAUUUGAUGAAUAUUUCUGAUCUUCCAUACACAAGAAUUUUCAACUUGAUGAAUAUUUUGGAGAAAAUCAAGAAAGAAGCGGUCAAACAUGAGUUCGAAAAUGCUGGUUUGUGUAAAAGAAUGUUUGACGAAUAUCAAUGGACCGUCAAAUACAGAAUCGAGAAGCCAUAUGCCGACAUGCGCGACUACGUCUGCUCCAGUGAAGCUUGGGGAACAAUGGAGCUCCCCACCGUCCGCCAUCCCUUCCAAUCAACUUCCGGCCAAAUCGACUUCUCUCGCUUCCCGCGAGUCCAUGCAGUUGGCGACAUUUUGAUCAGGAAUAAAAAGUACCGCCUGGGCGUUUGGUCGAAUCGAAUUUUUCUCGGAAAGAUGAAGCAAAAAGAUUCGGUUCAAAAGUCGAUCUUCAAGGUGCUUUUUGAAACUCAUCGAUGUAUGGUAGAAGUGCUGGAGAAUGAGGAAGAUGGAGAUGAGGAGCAGAUUGACUUGGUGUUUUUGAGGUUUAUUGAAGAUAAGUCGGAUGGAAAUUAUAGAUGGCGUGAAUCGAGAAGAAUAAAAUUUACUCCAGUCGACUGCAAAUCUCCCUACAAAUCUGACAUCCAAUGGCAUAUCAAUAAAUCUCAAUGGCUAAAAGUCCUCCCGAUGAAGCCGACAAAACAAGUGUCCGUCAAGUUCUUCGACGAAAAUCGACCGCUUUUUACGCUGAGAUCACCGUUCUGCACAGACGAUGGGAGUUUUUAUGCGAAAGCUGGCGAGACGUUCACUGCCAUCCGUGAGCUGAAACCUCCUCCUGACGUUGAUGAUCGGCUUUUUGAAGGAUUUUUCGGAUCGGAUGAAAAGUUUACCUUCAACUUCGAGAUUUACGAAUCGAACUUGAAAAUUGACAAAAGUAGAGAAGUUCAAAAUGCGCCGAAGCAGUUUAUUCAGACUCCCAGUUUUCGAAGCCAGCGAUGCAGACAAAGCACCUACACAAUCAUGGAUCCCCUCAACUGA